AUGUCGACAAACCCAACUCCAAUCUACGAUGUCCUCAUAUCAGGCGCAGGCCCGGUAGGCCUUCUACUCGCUACCGAACUCAAGCUCCAAUCCCCGGAAGCUCGAAUUCUAGUCCUCGAGCGCAGAACAACACCCGAUACAGCCAUAAAAGCAGGCGGUAUCAACACUGCUUCCGUUGAAAUGCUUGAGCGCCGUGGACUUCUUCCCGCUAUUCAGUCCGUGAGCGCGGCAUACCUCGGCCCGGAUAGGGGAGUUGGUGGAAAGAAAACAGGCUAUGCAGGGUCUGUUGGUCAUUUCGGCGGGAUUCAUGUUCCUGCGGCUCCUGUUGAUAUGGAGGAUGUGUUGUUGAAAGGGCGCGGGAGGAAUGGGUGGUAUAUGAUGCUGGCACAGCUUGAUUUGGAGAGAAUUCUUAAUGACAGGGCCUUGGAGUUGGGGGUUUGUAUUCGGAGAGGGGUGGAAGUUACGGGGCUGAAGGCCGAUGGGGCAGGCGUGACUGUGAAGAUUGAUAGAGACGAAGGGGAACAGGAAAAGGAAGUGCGUGGACACUGGCUUGUUGGCUGUGAUGGGGGACACAGUACUGUGCGCCGGCUGGCAGGCUUUGACUUCCCAGGUACAGAUCCCCAAAUCACGGGCCGUGCAGCUACUGUUGAGAUAGAGGGGGCAGAGGAUCUGGGACAGGGAUGGCAGUACACGAUCCAGGGUGUGUAUGUGUGCGGCCCAAUGCCGGGACGAGUACGCACGGUUGAAUUUGAUGGCCCACCUGCGGACAAGGAUGCGCCUGUUACAGCACACGAGAUGGAGAGCAGUCUGCGGCGGGUUAGUGGUGUUGAAGGGAUUCGCAUCUCGAGUGUCAGUGGUGGAAUGCGAUUCACAAAUAAUGCGCGCCAGGCUAGUACCUAUCGGCGUGGAAGAGUGUUUCUCUGUGGAGAUGCGGCGCAUGUGCACUCGCCAUUCAGUGGACAGGGACUGAAUCUGGGUCUUGGAGAUGCUGUCAAUCUGGGCUGGAAGCUGAGUGCUGUGAUGCAGGGGUGGGGCACUGAUGAUCUGCUUGAUACAUACAUGAGUGAGCGUCAUCCUAUUGGUGUUCGGGUCUUGGAUUGGACGAGGGCGCAAGUUGCUGUAAUGCGUGGCGAUCCCGAUUCUUCUGCAUUGAGGGGUGUUAUGACUGAUUUUCUGGGAACGAGGGAUGGUGCGACGCAUUAUGUGAAGCAGAUAUCGGGUUUGUGGCCGCAGUAUGAAUUGGGUGGUAGAUCUCCACUCGUUGGAAUGACUAUGCCUGUUAUACAGUUGGAUGAUGGCACGCUGCUCGCUGAUCAUGCUCAUGAUGGUCGCAGUUUGCUGCUUGUUCUAGCAGAGAAUGAAAAGCUUGUAGGCCUGGCAGAGAGAUGGGCUGGGCGUCUAAAGUUGAUUCAAGGACGGUCAGGUAUUGCUGGGAUCGAUAGCCUGCUAAUACGUCCUGAUGGCAUUGUAGCUUGGGUUGCUACUGGUGGUGUUGGUGAUAUCGAAGGACUCGAGGCUGCUUUAGUUCGUUGGCUAGGGUAUAGUGAGCCAAUCUAA